AUGAAGGGUGUCUCACCUCAUAAACUCUUGUGGAUUGUCCCAGACUCAUUACACUUUGAAAACACAGAGAAACCAGACUCAGUGCUUAAUCUUCUUAGAGAGAAUGGUUUCACCAAUACCCAGAUCUCCAAAUUUGUCAGGCCCUGCCCACAGUUACUUUUAUGGGAUGUUGAGAAGACCCUUUUGCCAAAAAUUGAAUUUUUCCGUUCUAAGGGGACUUCAGGCUCUGAGCUCCCUAGGAUCCUCUCUUUGAACCCAGUACUGUUGAGUAGGAGCUUAGAGAAACAUCUUAUUCGAUCCUUGAAAAGAGUGCUUGUUGAGGCAAUCCAAGUAGUUUCAAUUAUGAGACAACCAAUGCUGGAAUCAAAAUUGGAGCUUUAUAAGAGGUGGGGUUGGUCCAAGGAUGUUGCUCUCUUGGCUUUUAAAAGGCGGCCACAUUGUAUGCUUUUAUCAGAAGAGAAGAUCACAGAAGCAGUGGACUUCCUAGUGAAUAAAAUGGGUUGUCCAUCUGCAGUUAUUACUAGGAAUCCUAUAAUAAUUUUAUUCAAUUUAGAGAAGAGGAUUACCCCUAGAUGUUUGGUUAUUCAAAGUUUGCUUGCCAAGGGUUUGCUGAAGAAUGAUUUAGGUGUAUGGGCUUUCUGGAGAAUUUUGUGAUCAAGUUUCAGGAUGACGUUCCUCAAUUGUGGAAUGUGUAUUGGGGUAAGACACAUGUUCUAGAGGUAGGACACGAAUCUGAGAAGGUAUGUGGGGCUAAACCUUUGUAGCGCUUUAUGACUUAAAUUUAGUUCUUAACUUUUUAUUCAGUUGCUAGCUUAACAUUUAAUACUUAUUGGAUAAAGCAUUUGCAUUAUAUUGUACUGUAUUCACUUGGAUAAGUGAUUUCCAAGACAACAAUCUCAGUUAUUGAUCUGUGACAUGGAUUCUUAAUUUCAAAUAAAAGGCCUGAUUCACGUUUAUAUUUU